AGAGAGAGGCCGCGAAUUCCGUUUGAAAGUGUCUGUGAGCUCGCUUGGACACCAUGAGCAAAGCUCACCCUCCCGAGUUAAAAAAAUUUAUGGACAAGAAGUUAUCAUUGAAAUUAAAUGGUGGCAGACAUGUCCAAGGAAUAUUACGGGGAUUUGAUCCCUUUAUGAAUCUUGUGAUAGAUGAAUGUGUGGAGAUGGCAACAGGUGGGCAACAGAACAAUAUCGGAAUGGUGGUAAUCCGAGGAAAUAGUAUCAUCAUGUUAGAAGCCUUGGAACGAGUAUGAAGAAUGGCUGUAGUUACCAGAGAAAUCAAUUGUUUCCACAUAUCCCCUCUCCACAGCACCCGUUUUCCUACAAUAUAGAGUCCUGUCCAUUUUCACAUUGAACUUUUGUUAAAUAAACUUUUGUAUUG